AUGACUUUCCCAUUCUUGGGCUAUUCCCCUUUGGAUUAUGAGUACGAUGUUGAACCUGUCAUUGCUUCACCUCAUACCCCACCAUCCCCUCCUGCCUCUCCUAUCACUUGUGACACCCUUGCCGUUGAUGAGAAUGAUGAGAAUAAGAUAUCAGUAUCAAACGGCAAAAGUGCCGAGAUGGUGUGGUCGAUCCCUCAUCUAUGUGAAGCCAUCUUAUUUCAUCUAGGCAAGGAAGACAUCUUCAGACUAUUUCGAGCCAGUCGAUUCUAUUUCAAAAUUAUCAUCGCCCAUAGUGGGGCAUACCGGAAGAUACCCCACCAGGUCUACUCUGCUACCUUAGAGACUUGCCCGAAAGAAAGAAUGGAUAUCUAUUUUGAUGCAGUCAGGCAAAUCGAUCUCUAUUCUCGGGGUAGACCACCUCAGCCCGCUCGAUGGGGAAAGAUCCUAACUGAUUUACCUAAUGUCGAAAGUAUAUCCCGAGGAGAUAAUACCUUAUAUCGAUCUACUGAACUUGGUAAAUUCAUCUACGAAUCCGAAUACACCGAUACCAUCGUACUUGGCGAACCUCAUCCGAGACUUCGUUAUCCCAACUUCAUACCGAAAGAUUGGAUCCUUCGACCAAUUCUUCAUAUUACGAUUAGUGGCGAGACGACAAUUCCAGGUAUCGAAGAGAGAGGGAGAGUGUUCAAGGAUGUUUUAUCUACGAGGGUGAAGGCUUUAGAAGGUCAACUGAAAACUUUGGAUAUUGAUAUAGCACUUCCCACUGCAGUGAUGCGCCAGACCUUACAAGAAUUGAGGACGUAUGGAUGCGAAGCUCUCCAGACUUUCUCUUUCAUACAGUACGACGAGGAAGUCAUUGAUUACCUUGAACACAUACCAGAAAGUGUGAAAGACCUGGAUGUUCAAUCUGAAUCAUUCGACACUACGUAUAUACCAAUUUUAGAAUUACUCAACUCGAACAAUAUUAUCAAGCUCAGGCAUCUGGAGAAGCUGUGUAUACGAUUGACAUUACCAGACUUCGCCCACAUCUCCAGUGUAAAGUUACCGGACUUGACCAUCAGUCAAGAUGAACUUCCUCUACGAUUUCUCGGAAAUACCAAAUUCCGCUUGACGUUCCCAAACGACCAUCCCUUGGACAAACCUGAUCAAGUAUCGACGUAUGCGACAUUCUUACGACGCUUGGCGAUACGUAUGUUUCCGUUGCUGGACCCACGCGAUCUCUCACAUCUUGGUGGACCGCGACCGACUAUCUCAUCAUGGAGCGAUACCGCCGGAUCCAAAGCCAGUCUACGCUAUGAUGCGGAGCAUAGUCGUGUCUUGAAUACCUUUUUUUCGAAUGAGCUUAGCAGGCUGAUUCGAGAGAAGGUAAACACAGGUACGACCGCAUAA